AUGGAGUACCACCUUCUCAACACCAUUUUUGCACCCCCUACCAUGGGCUACAACAUGGACUACAACGUGGACUACAACCUCACCGACAGCGAGAGCACGUUCACUUUCGUCUCGAUCGACGACUCGUUCGACCACUACGAGUGGAGCGAGUUCACCGAGGAUACCAUGGUUAACGAGGAAGCAGCCCAGGACUACGCUCCCAUAGCCCAGGACUACGCUCCCAUCCUGUUAACCUCCGCCCUUGAUGCUGCCGCCGGCGCGCUUCCCACGCUCGCCCGCAACCUCCGCUUUGCUGCCGACCGCCUGCGCACUUUUGACCAGGAGAGCGCUCUUACCUCGCCCCACGACGCUCUUCGGGCCAGUUGUGAGAAGCUGCUCGCGCGGUGCCACCGUUUCGGCCUCGCGGGUGCGGCCCUCACCCUCAUGUGGGUGGUCGGCUGGAUCGUUUUUGCCGCUUCGGCCCCAAACCUUGACGGAGGAGACGUGGUGCUCAUUCUGGGCAUUACGGGUGGCGCGAUGAUCAUGGGCUUCAUGAUGCUGCUCAUCCUUCUGCUUGUCAUGCUCGUCAUGCUCCUGGUUGCGGUGUUACUGUCUACGGUGGCUGCUGUGCUCGUUCUUUGUUCUGAGCGCCUCCAGAACGAAUGGUGA